UCCUGAUUCAUCACUAUUAUUAUCAUUCUACGGUGAGAAAAAACUAUAUAAUGCUUCAAAACUAAUACAUCUUCUCAGGAUCUGACCUCUUCGGCUCCAGCGUCAACUUGCUCAACCAGAUGGUCACCUAUGACCGUAUCAACUUCAGAAUCCAGCUCAACUUCAGAAUCCAGCUCAGGAAUGCCAACACUGCAAGAUCCAAUUCGACGAUGCCCCAAUGAGCCUGUUGCACAAUGCCCUUCACGCUCCAGGAAGCCCAUUCAAAUGCUCAUUUUGUGGAGCUGAGUGUGAAGAUAAUCUGGCGUUUACAAUUCAUAUUGUUACUGCCAAUCAUAAUUUUAGUGGACUUUAAUUGAUAAUUUCGUACUGUUAAAUAGUUAUUUUUCGUAACGCCAUUCAAUAAAUCUAGUUUUAGUUCUCGAGUGAAACUUAAAAUUGAUAUAUAAUAUGAAAAAAGGUUUUUCGGGCGCCCAAAAACUGCCGAAUAGUCUUUUUUUGAAGCUUAUUAGAAACUACACAUAUUUUCUUUCUUUCUCUGCGUCUCUCUUUCUGACCUCCCAUUUGCCCUCCGCCAAUACCGCGCGCUCAAUCGAUAUUUGCCUCCAACACUCCAUUCCGUAAAGGGGCAUUCAUAACCAUUUAAAUACUUUUUUCUUCUAUCAAUGGACCUGCCUGUAACCCCAGGUGCUCCCAAUUUUGCUCAGUUGCUUGACCCAGUUCAUUCUCAGGAGUUGGGCAAGUUUGUCUACCAAUGCAAAGCGUGUAGCAGAAUUUACGCGAGCAGGAAAUCUCUGAAGUCCCACCUGAAGAGCUACAAAUAUGCUCGGGAAGUCGCUGGAUACAAAAGUAAGCAUACAUGCGAAAUCUGCGGAGCCCAUUACUCAAGUAAAAUAUACUUGAACCGCCAUAUGAAAAAGCAUCUGGAAACUGCUGAUUCUGGAGCUCAUGCAAUUCCCAGUCUGGGCUCACCUGCUCCUUCUUCUUCAGGCUUUGCAACUAUGAUCGUUCCACCAGCUCCGUUGCUCAGCGCUAUUUCUUCUGGAUCUCCACAGCUCGGGGACACACGUGUUCUCGCCUCUUUUUCGUGCUUCGCGCCAAUGAUUUCUCCGCCAUCUCAAUUGCUCAGCUCCAUUCAAAGUGAUCAAGCAGCUUCGCAGCACAAUCAUCUGGAGAGAUGUUGAGAGCGAUAGAAGCAUCCUUGUCGUCAAAAAGCAAUGAUGGAUUCGGCGCGUCAAGCCAAAAGCUCGGCGAGCAGGCAGAUUUGCAGAAAAGCUCUGGAUUAUCAGAGCUCGGAGAAGUCACCCCAGAUGGUCAAACCUCUGUGAGUUAUUUGAAGUUUUGGCGUUCAACUUAGGCUGACUAUUUUUUGGAAGUUUCAAACCCCACGCGCUCUGCCAACAAACAGCAAGCUCUGUGAACGGGGCGAAUCGAUGAGCUCAAUGGGAUCCCCAACUUUCAAUGCAGAUCAGUUACUUGGCGAAUCUACCUCGAUGUUCCAUGGAGCACAGAAACCUCAGCAGCCAAAAUUUGAAUGCGAGCAUUGUGAAAUUGAGUUCAAAGACGCUGUGCUGGGCCAGCUCCACACCAGUUUCCACACGAUCGGCAACCCAUUUCAGUGCUCACUUUGUGGAGCACAAUGCUACAAUGAGUACGCCUUCAACAUGCAUCUUGUCCAAUCCAGUCACAAUUAGUUUUUGUCUUGCUCCCUGUUUUAUAUUGCUAUAAUUAAGCAUGUAAAAAAAUAAUCAUUUUCAUUCGUGUCCAGAAGUUUGAAUUAAAAUCGAAUAAAUCGAAUCUACCGGAAAA